AUCAUCUUGAAUCCUUGAUCCCCCCCAUCUGCCCAUCUCUUAGUAGAUGUCCAGCCCUGGAUGAAACGACUUCAACAACCCUCAAUCGUCUACUCUUCGCUGGCGAGACUGAAUAACAGAAGGCCCACAAUCCAUCCGACUCCUCAUCCUCGUUUUAGGGCAGAAUAUAGUCUUCAGAACUCUCCAAUUAAUUCGUCGGACGACCACCGCAAUGAACCUAUUGUGCGAAAUGCCGUCGGCGUGCAGCUCCUUCCCAGAUCCAUUCAUCGGCAGAUUUUUCCCCGGGACGUCUUCCCUCCACCGUCGGAGCGAGCCAUCCAGCUUUCCAAAGAACAUUUGAGUCGCCAUGGCCUUGCCAAAGGAAUAUCUGAUCCGAUCGAAGCCCCUCUAUUUAGCCUACCAUCCUUGCAGGGAGAAACGAUUGAUCAACAUUUCGUCAGCUUGGGCGUCGAUCGUUCAGAACCCUACCUCUCCAACGCGAAAAUAUUCAGUUUGAGCGAGCUGCCAUCUAUCCCGACUAAUUGGUCGCAGCUGCCUGGAUGGACGAUUUAUCACUCCGAUGGGUCCUUUGAAGCAAUCGAUCACCCCCCAGAAAGUGAAAAGGCUUUGGUCAUGGACGUCGAAACGUUUCCUGCCCAUACCCAGUGCGCCAUCAUGGCUACCGCCGUCUCUAGUAGCUCGUGGUACAGUUGGUUGUCCCCAUGGCUUGUAGGUAAAACCGAUCAACCCGAUAAUCUGAUCCCAAUGCCGUCCAAAACUCACCGGUUGAUUGUCGGUCAUCACGUCGGCUUCGAUCGGGCCCGUAUCCAACAAGAGUAUUCGCUCAGAGCCACCCGCACUCGCUUUCUCGACACCAUGAGCCUCCAUAUCGCCACUUUCGGCCUCUCAAACCCUCAACGACCAGCGUAUAUGUUCUCAAAAAAGAAAGCACUUUCAAAUCCGCAAAAUAUUGAGGAACAUGACCAAGAAAAUUCAAAUACUCCCUCAGACGAACCCUCCAACGUUAAUGAUUUUGCUACUGGAUUCUCUGGCCUUGAAGCGGCAACUCAAACCUCUUGGACUGAUGUGGCUUCGAUGAACUCUUUGGAAGAAGUCGCCAAGCUACACUGUGGCAUCCAAGUUGACAAAACACUUCGCAACAUAUUUCUUGAGAAUGACAAAUCCCAGAUUGUCAGACAUAUACCACAGCUCUUGGAAUACUGCGCUCGGGAUGUUAGUGCAACCCAUGCUGUUUAUUGCAAGCUUUUGCCGCUUUUCUUGGAACAGUGUCCUCAUCCGGUGAGUUUUGCAGGGAUGCUUCACAUGGGCAACCCGUUCUUGCCAGUCGAUGAGACUUGGCAGACCUAUCUCGAACGCUCAGAAUCCGCCUUUCUAACCAAGUCGACAACCGUCAAAGCCAGUCUUCUGCGUUUGGCCGAAGCAACCCGAAAAUUGAUGUUCGUCAAGGAUCCCAAAACAGGCCGACCUAUUUAUGAGGAUGACCAUUGGCUGAAGCAACUAGACUGGACGCCUAAGAAGGCUCGUUGGACUAGUCUUCAGACUACGCAAGAUACCCUCCCUGGCUCCGACUCAAUUGAUUCUAACAAUCCCAGCAAGCCUGCCCAAGACCCCAAAAAGAUGAUACCUGCUUGGUUCGCCAAUUUACAACGUUCCCGCCAGGGAGACGCUUUUCUCAUUGCUCCAGAAUCUCCUUUAGCUGCUCUGCUUCUCAAAGUUAAAUAUCAAGGUCACCCUGUACUGUGGUCCCGGAAACUUGGCUGGCUGUUUGGCUCGAUUAUAGAUCCCAAUGCACCUCCGUCAAGUCUUCCAACCGAUGAAAUCGAUCUUCGUGAGGUUCCUGAACACGUUGAAUUGUACGAGAACGAGCGCAUCUUCAAGCUUCCCAGCUCUACCGGCCAAUCGACAAAACGAGUUAGAACCCUUCUUUCACGUAACAAUUCGAAAUUGUUCGACAAAGAUAUCCUUUCUUCUCCUUAUCCUGAAGCUCACAUAGCAUGUCGCAUUGCUAAAACUUCGGAUGUGUCAAAUGAUUUGAACCAAGGAGUUUAUGACCGGUUGCUUCAACUGGCCGAAGAGGCCAAAACUUUAGAUUCCCAAAGUGCGAAGCUUGAUCCCUGGCUGCGUCAGUUGGACUGGACACCCGUGAUGGAAGAGUCUGACUUGAGAUUGAAGGAUGUAGAAGACAGUUCUCCGGACCAUCAGACCACAGGAGUUGACCAAAAUCAAAUUCACAAAUCAUCCAAAAGCCUGAAACUCCCGGAAGAAGAUAAAGUCUGGCCUCAUUGGUACUGGUUACUUGCUCGUCGUGGGAUCGACAACAUUGGAUUAACGACCAAAAGUCAGAUGACACCGCUGUUACUUCGGCUAAGCUUUUGCGGUUUCCCUUUGUAUCGCUCGAAGCAGCAUGGUUGGGUGUUUCGCAUUCCUUCGAGCGAGCUCAAAGACCCGUAUCUUUCUCGCGUACCCCUAACUUUCAAUUUUGAGCGUGACCCGAUGUUCGUUAACGAUCAGGAAGGUGCUGUCUUUUUUAAGGUGCCUCACCCCGAUGGAGAUAGUGAGAACGUGGGAAGUCCAUUGAGCAAGUCCUUCGAUAAAGCGUUCGAAAACGAGGUCUUGCGCGCCAAUCCCCUUUGUAUUGAUCACUCCUCUGCAAAUCUGUUGUCCGACUCGGCACACGUGACUCUCAAAGCAGCAGACAGUCACGCCUUGGCAGAUAACGCUCGCCAAGCUUUGUCAAUGAGUAUGCAAUGUAGCUACUGGCUGAAUGCCUCCCAGCGCAUCAAGGACCAGAUGGUAAUAUGGGAAUCAAGUCUCCCUCAGGAAAAUUCCGAUAACCCCGAACCAUCUAGAUGCAAACAAGGCCUAAUCCUACCGCAGGUCACUGUUAUGGGUACGAUCACUCGUCGUGCAACAGAGAAAACCUGGCUGGCAGCUGCGAACGCUAAGAAAAACAAGAUCGGCACCGAGCUCAAGUCGAUGAUCCGGGCACCCCCAGGAUAUGCGAUCGUCGGAGCAGACGUGGAUUCGGAAGAACUUUGGAUCAGUAGUGUCAUGGGUGAUGCCCAGUUUGGAAUGCACGGUGCAACAGCAAUAGGUUGGAUGACGCUGGAAGGAACGAAGGUGGCCGGGACGGAUCUUCAUUCGAAAACUGCCAGCAUUCUCGGGAUCUCCCGGAACGAUGCAAAGGUGUUCAAUUAUUCGAGAAUCUAUGGGGCGGGAAUUGCGCAUGCUGUUCAGCUGCUCAUGAAGGCUGAUCCGACUGCCUCGAAGACAGAAGCCACCAAACUUGCCAAACAGCUCUACGCCUCCACCAAGGGAGUCAAAAACUACCGAGCGGAUAUGUUUGAACGGAAGUUUUGGUAUGGAGGGACCGAGAGCUACUUGUUCAACAAGCUCGAACAGAUCGCCUUAGCUGAGUACCCCGAGACGCCGGCGCUCAAUUGUGGGAUCACAAGAGCCUUGAGGAAGUGCCACCUGCCCAGUGCUGGAGAAGGCCCUGACUUCAUGACCAGUCGGGUCAAUUGGGCCGUCCAAAGUAGCGGAGUUGACUAUCUACACAUGUUGAUCGUGGCCAUGGAUUAUUUGACCGAUCGCUAUGGGAUUGAUGCUCGUUACAUGAUCUCUGUGCAUGAUGAGAUUAGGUAUCUAUCGGCUUGGGAGGACCGAUACCGAUGUGCACUAGCUCUUCAGAUCGCCAACCUUUGGACGAGGUGCCAGUUUGCAUUCAAGUUAGAGAUGGACGAUCUGCCUCAGAGUUGCGCUUGGUUUUCUGCAGUGGACGUGGACCACGUCUUGCGCAAGGAAGUCGAUUUAUCUUGCGUUACACCGUCUAACCCGGACCCGAUACCACCUGGCGAAUCCUUAGACAUUAACAAGCUGCUCCAAGUCACCCCAAUGGGACUUGGGGAGUUGAAAAAGCCAUUGGAGGUCUCCGAUUCUUCUACUGGCGAUUUUGCCAGUCUCUAUAAGUCUAACAUCGCCUUGAAACACCGGAGCACCCAGCUCGAGUGGCUCGCCGCUCAAUCGAGCCAGGACCGGGACGAGAUCCGCAAACACUGGCAUCGGGCCCAGCACCAAGAAGAACAAGCCUGGGUCGAACAUGAGUUACGCCAACGCGCCCCUCCUGCACCUGCCAAAAAAACCACCUCACAACUGGCACCGAAGGACACUCAGCCGCUUUACCGCCGCGUUCCUAUCCCUCAAAAAGUUCAACCUUCUUCACCGUCAUAUAAACCUCGCCCCUCCCGACCGUCCCGCCAAGUCCCCCUCAAUCAUACCCGCAAAAACGGGGACGAUGACCCCGACCUAUCUGCCUGGAAAGCAUUUGAUGCUUCUCAAUCAGUCAAUCAUCCUCUAGAUCGUCUCUGAAUACAUUCAUUCACACAUAUCUUGUUUUGUUUUGGGCAUAAGACAUUCUUUUUCCGUUUCAUCUUUCGUGUUUGUUCGUUUUUUCUAUAAAAUGAUUGUCUUUGUGUGCAUUGCAUCCUUCCUCUGCUAUUGCGAAAACAUCUUCCUUCAGUAUUAAUCAUCUUGCCCUUUUCCUGGAAAUCCAAAGCAGCCCCUUUUUUGCAUUCCCUUUGUUUAAACAUUUACAGCAUUUUCCCUCUUCAUGAGGGGAUAAUCAUCUCUUAUAAGGGUUUUACAAUGCAUGCAAGCCAGAUAUCCACAAUUCAUGACUGCCUUUGGAGAUCAAGACCAAUAUUCUUGGAG